CUAGCCGUGUUCUUCAUCGUUGAACUGCAGCAAGCUACAGUAAUCGCUACAAUCGCGAGUAGUCCUAGUCCAAGCUGAGGGAGAGAGAGAGAGACACACACAUCACUAUUUCGGUGAACAAUCAAGCGUCUAGAAAACGUAUUCAGUGACGGCCGGACACGGGAACAUAGUACCGCACGCGCUGCGCAGAGGUUCAUGACAGCGCGCGACUGCAUGCAUGCACACCUAAAACCAGAGCCACCGAUCUCACGAUUCUUGUUUACGUCUCUCACUUUGCAGCAAGAAGAAUUGCAAAACGAGCGAGCGUUAAGGAUUGUGGACUCACGCAUGGAGGGCACUGAUGGCGCGACGGCGAGAGGCAAGGUGGUGGUGGUGAUGGGCGCCACGGCCACCGGCAAGUCCAAGCUGGCCGUCGACCUCGCGCUGCUCUUCGGCGGCGAGGUCGUCAACUCUGACAAGAUCCAGGUCCACGACGGCCUCGACGUCGUCACCAACAAGGUGACGCCAAAGGAGCGCCGCGGCGUGCCGCACCACCUCAUCGGUGGGGUGCGACCCGACGCGGACUACACCAUCGCCGACUUCCGCCGCGACGUCACCCGCGCCGUGGAGACCGUCCUCGCGAGGGGCCGUGUGCCGGUCAUCGCCGGUGGCUCGAACAGGUACCUCGAGGCGCUGCUGGACGGCGAGUCGGGCUUCCGCCAGCGCUACGAGUGCUGCUUCCUUUGGCUGGACGCCGACCUGCCGGUGCUGCAUCGGUACAUCCGCGACCGCGUGGACUGCAUGCUGGAGCAAGGGCUCGUUGACGAGGUGCGGGGCUUCUUCCGGCCGGACGCUGACUACUCCAGGGGGAUCCUGAGGGCCAUUGGCGUGCCGGAGAUGGACACCUACUUACGGCUGGAGGGCGCCGGGGCGCUGGACGGCGACGGCGCCAAUGAGCUGCGCCAGCGGCUCCUUGCCGCGGCCGUUGAUGAGAUCAAGGCGAACACGUGCAGGCUGGCGUGCCGCCAGCUGCGGAAGAUCCACUGCCUAUGUCGCCUCCCCGGGUGGAAAAUCCACCGCCUCGACGCCACCAAGGUGCUUGCGCUCAGGAUCAGCAGGGCCAACAACCCCGACGCUGAGCGAGCCUCGUGGGAGACGGACAUUGCGGAGCCUGCUGCGAAUGUCGUGGCCACGAUUCUGGGUGCAAAGGCGGCCCAUGGCGGUAAGGACGACGACAAGAGUCGUUUGGUCAUGGCGGCGGCCAAGGAGGAGACCAUGGCAGGUUCUGGCACGGCGGCAGAAUGGUGCGGUAUGCAGCUGGAGAAAGCUGUGGUUGCGCCGGGCCGUGGGUUCGUAGGAAUGGAGGCGGCCACGGUGGUCUGAGUUGUGACAUCUCACAAACGUAUAAUGCUAAGGAUCAUCUAACUAAAGUGAGCUAAAUAUGUAGCUUGCAUAUCUAUUUAAUUACUGUUUCGCUAUGAUCUAGUUAUUUCCUUCAUUUCUUGUAGUGAAUAAUUUGUUGUAUCCAUUCAA